AUGUUUUUCGAAUGCCUAAUUCUACUUCUAGCUGUAUAUUUUCUGUUACCACGAAGGAGAGAACGAAUUCCAAGAAAAAGCUUGAAAGGGCUUGUGAGGUUUGUGGUUGAAAAGUUCAAAGAUAAAAAAAAUUGCGAAUCUGAAAAUUUGGCUGAAAACUUGGCUGAAAAUUCCCCCUAUUGCUGUGAUUCAUGUAUAAAAUUGAUAAGGAGGUUCGAUCGAUUUUGUACAAUUUUUCAAUUGGGAAAUUUUGCUAUUCCG